ACCCGUUGGAUUGGGUUGGAUUAAAUUUGCUCUUCUAAAAUUCAAUAAUUAAAUAUUUCACAAAAAAUUUAAUGAGUACACCUACUAAAUUGCAAGGUCCAUGAAACCGUACCGGGUAUCGUACCGGAAAAGUCAACGGUAUGAUAUUUUAUGAUAAAACCGUGGUUUUACCGUAGUUGAACCGUUAGACCGUUAAAUACCGUCUACCGAUUUAGCCUCCGAUACUGGUAUUUCGUGGUUGAACCGUCGGUACGGUACGGUUUCAUGGACCAUGCUAAAUUGGGGAACGGAUCAGGUCAGUAAUCUUAUGGUGAGUAACCAUGAGUAACCCGUCAACAUCAGCAUGACAUCAGCAUCCCUCUCUCUCCUGAAAAGCCUUUAAUUUUCCCCUCCUUAAUCUUUGGCGGACGAUUUCUCACUCGUUUUAACUCGAUUUUAUUUUUGCGUAGUUAGAUAAGAUUAAUUGUGCUCUUCAAAAUGAUAUCCACUUUGAUAUAUUUUUCGAACAAAAAAAAAUUGAGCCAUUUUUUACCAGGGCAUACCUAUGGUUUAAAAUAAGAGCAUACCUAUGGUUUGAAAAGCGUACCAUGGUGGUAUGAACAAAACAAGGCUGUAGGAUUGUUGAAUACAUGAUAGUAGAAGUAUAUUGACCGUCAUUUACAAUUUUUAACAUUGUGUACCACGAGAUACCACCCCGUACCAGGUAGGGGUGGGCAUCGGUUCGAUUCGGUCGAAACUGAACCGAAAAUGAGCUUACCGGAUCCCCCGAUCUCUCUACAUGUGAAACUGAAUUCGAACCGAAAUAUAAAUCGGUUCGGUUUGGCCGAACCGAGUUAUAUUCUGAUUCGGGAUCGACAAAACCAAAAUUCCACAACCUUCCCCUGCCUUCCUCUUUUCUUCCUCUGCCUUCCGCUUUUUCUCUACGCUGUUUCCUCUCUCUGCCCAGAAGACAUGCUUCCUCUCCCUCUCUUCCACCUCUCCAUCUUGGCAACUUCUUCCACCUUUUACCACCACCAAACCCUCUCUCCGAUUCUGGCCUAUCUACUCUCUCCUUCCAUCAGUCUCCGACUUCCCUCUCUGGCAUCUCUGCUCUCUCCCUCGAUCUCCGCCUCUACAACUCGCUUCGCUUAUCCCCCUCCUCCGCCGCCACUAUCUCCCUCCUCAGUGUCUCUCUCUCUUCGGGAAGAAUCUGCCGAAGACGAGAUCUGUCUCAUGCUCGCCUCCGCUCUAUACUCCGCCUUCAACUACAAUAGUGCGGCGUCGUCGCUGAUUCGAGCUCCGAAGACAGGGACAACAACGUAGAGGGAGAACUCAUCUUGUUCUCUUCUUCGAUGGUCGUCAGUCGUAAGUCGCAAUUGGAGAAAAAAGGUCGCGAUCGGAGGUCAGGGAAGAUUCCACCUUCAGUGGGAACGAUGAUUCUAGUCGACGCUAGGGGUUCGAUUGGGUUGAGGAGGAUCAGGGAUGGGAGUCUAUUAGGGUUAGGAAUUUAUGGUGGGCUCUUAGAGUUAGUCAGUGGGUUGGGCUUGCAGUAGAGAGGGGGAAUUGGGUCUCUGGGCAGUCAUUUUGGGUUGUGAGAGAGUGGGCUUCACUUUAAAUAUGAGUUGAUUAGUUUAGUUCGGUUUUUCGGUUCGGUCUAUCGGAAUUCGGGUUCGGUUGGCAGACUCUGGUUUCCGAAACAUGAGCUUCUGCCUUCCGAUUUCCGAAUCGAUCAAUGUGAAUUUCGGUUUCGGUCGGUUCGGCUUCGGUUCUGGUCUGUUCGGAGAGUUGAACCCGACCCGGAUGCCCACCCCUAGUACCAGGGUGGUAUUGUGUGGUAUUUUUUGGUCAUGUAAUUUGUUCACCUAGAAAUUUGUAGAUCCAAUAGAUCAUGAUGAACUCGUUUAUUCUGUGCAAACGUUUUCAAAAACGAAUAAGAUACCAUAUGGUAUGCAGUUGGUACCGAGAAGCAAGAAUUUUUUUUCUCAAAAAAUAUUGAAAAUGUAUCUCAUUUUGUAGAGCACAACGAACUCGUUCCAUCUGUGCAAAAAAAAAAAAUUAAAAUCCAAGUUAAAACGAAAAAGAUAUGAGCCGAUUAAUAAAGCUAGGGAAAAUAAAAAUGAUCUUUAAUUCUCCAUCAUUAGAUCUGAAUUUUUUAAAUGAAUGGUCCAGAUUUAA